CUCUGCUGGAAUCUGUUCAUAUCACGAAAAUAGUGGAUUGUGUUCCAUUCGUCUAAGUGAGCCACUUCUGAAGUUAAGACCCAGGAAGGAUCUUGUUGAGACGCUGUUGCAUGAAAUGAUCCAUGCCCUGCUCUUUGUUACUCAUAACUACAAAGAUCGUCAGUCUCAUGGACCAGAGUUCUGCAAACACAUGCGUCGCAUUAAUCUCUUGACUGGAGCCAAUGUCACAAUUUAUCAUACUUUUUACGAUGAGAUUGAUUUGUAUCGCCAGCACUGGUGGCGGUGCAAUGGCCCCUGUCAAAACAGAGGACCUUACUUUGGAUAUGUGAAACGCUCGAUGAACAGAGCACCCUCUGCACAAGACUUUUGGUGGGAUGACCAUCAAAAGACCUGUGGGGGCACAUUCACCAAAGUGAAGGAGCCAGACAAAGUCACAAAGAAAUCCAAGCAGAAAGCUCAGCCAGCAAAGCUUCCACAUUUCAAAUCAACUAACAAAGGCAAGACACAAACACAUGGUACACAAGGUGUGCUGCCUUUCAGUGGAACAGGGUAUCGGCUUGGAGGAGCCGAUGGUGUGCUUUCAGAAAAGAACACUAAUUACAGCAGUGGCUUUGGAAACAAUGAAGCAUAUGGUUCACAGCAUCAUUCAGCAGUAAGGACAAUACCAAUCCCUAAAAAUGAGAUAAAAUUUGAAAAACUGCCCCGUGAUGGGAUCUUUCCACUUUAUACUGAUGCUGCCAGCAAGAAGAUCAACUUAGCUUUAAAGCGUGAGUUUCCUAAACUCUCUGAUAGUAAUAGAGAAGCUUAUGAGAAUGAUCAUGGAUUUUCUGCUAGAAUGGGUCGUGCUACAGAAGAAAAAUCAAAGCAAGGCUCUGCAAAUGACAAGACAGCUAUGCCAUCUUCUUACUGGCCAGCAAAACAAAUUUGUUUGGAGCAGCCGACAACAGCUCAGGUUGCAUCUGAGAAAAAAAGCUUAGAAUGUGUUAAUACACUGCAGCAAUGGCCAAAAAUGGAAGACAAAACUGCCUUUGAAAGGUAUUUCAUUAAAAAAAGGAGUGCUGAUGUCACUUUAAGUAUAAACACACCUAUCAAUACCAAAGCUGAAUCUACACAGUCCUCUGCAAGUUCUAGCAAUCCUGCAAGGCAGGAUAGAAAUGUCAGUUGCCCUGUCUGCCAGACUGAAGUUUUAGAAUCUAAAAUAAAUGAACACCUUGAUUCUUGUCUUGCAUAA